AGAGUGCAGAGCCGGGAGCCGGGAGCAGUGCGUUACGUCUCGCCACUACUACAUACCUCUCAUUCUCAUACCUCGUACCACAUCACACACCACACGUGUGCGUGCCAAUUGCCAUUGCCACUUGCCACCCUGCCACCCUGCCACCAGCUGUGCACCGCCCUGCUUUUGAGACCGGGUCGCGAGUUGCGAACACGCUCGUGGUGAUUCUGCACGAAAUACUUUUCUCCUGCGUCUGCAUGACUUUUUAUCAGCGACACGCGAGUAUCACGCCGCCGUUCCUCGUCCGAAGAUCAACGCACGCACCACCGCCGGCCGACCCGACCCGACCCGAUCGCCGAGAGUCGAGUCGAGACUGUCGAGAGUCGAGAGACAGCUUGUCGGAAAAACGUGAAGUAGAGGAGUCGGGGCGUUGGGAAGAAAACUGAACAGCACCGUCAACUGCAGCAGCGAGCCAAAAUGCAGGAGUCCCAGCCGAAAAAGGGGAAGAAAGGUAGGAGAAAGCGCAAUGACAGCGACGAAGACAUUGAACAAGUAUUGGCAGAGUUGGCAUUGGAAUAUUCUGGAGAGAAACCAGAAGCUACGGACAAUAAAGUUGAAGAUAAAACAGAACCGGACGUGCAAAAGAUUGACAAUGAAGAUAAAAAGAAAAAAGGGAAGAAGGAUAAGAAAAAGACUGAAAAGAACGAUAUCAAAGACGAUACUGACGAAACUAUGGACAAUAAUAUUGUAGAAUCAGAAUUAAACAAUACUGACAGGGACGUUGAAGUUAGUACUGUAAAAACGGCGGCACAAAAGAAAAAAGAGAAGAAAGAAAGGGAGAAGCAAAAGAAGUUAGCUCAGAAAAAAGCGGAAACUGCAAAGGAAGGUGGCAACAAGAAAGAGGAUGACGAAACUGCAGCUUCUGAAGAAAAGAAAAAUGAUAAAGUUAUAUCAGCAAAGAAGGAUCAGGAUAGCGUAGAAGCCGAUGGUGACGUUGCUGAGACUGAAGAUGGUACAAAGAAGAAAAAGAAGAAAGGUGGUAAGGAAGAAACUAAAGAAAAAGGUAAAGGACCUGGAAAGAAAACUAUUGCCGCUAUGCAGGAAGCUUUGAAAAAAUUGAAAGAAGAAGAAGAACGAUUGAAGCAUGAAGAAGAAGAAAGGAUAAGGCAGGAAGAAUUGCGAGAGCAGGCAAGAUCGGAGCAAGUGCGACUUGAACAGGAGCGUAAAGAAAAGAAGAAAUUGAAAGAGAAACAACGAAAAGAGAGAUUGAAGGCAGAAGGAAAAUUCUUAACAACGAAACAAAAACAAGACAGAGCUAGGGCACAAGCGAUGCUUGAGGCACUUAAAGCUCAAGGUUUUGAUUUGCCAGAUGUUGGAGAGAAAAAACCUAGACCAGGAACACGAAUUAGACCAAAUAAAAUGAAGCAACAAGUUAGUGUAGAGAAGAAAGAGGAAGAAAAGAUUGAGGAUAAUGAAACAUCCGCGGCUCAAGUACAAGUAGAAAUAGUAGAUGAACCGGUACAGGAAGUAAAGGAAAAGAAGGAAGAAGACGAUGUUAAGGAUUCGUGGGAUGCUGAGACUACUGAUGAUGAACAGGAAGAGGAAGAUAAAUCAGACGAUAUUCUUAAGACACCUGAAAAAGUGAAGAAAUUUGGUCAAAAAGUUCCAACCUCGGCUGAACCAGAAAAGAAAGAAUCAUCCGAAAGCGAUACAGAGAGCGAAAGCGGAAGUGAAUCUGAAUCCGACGACGAGAGCGACGACGAUAGCGAAGUGGAGGAUAAAAUGCCAGAUGCCGCACGUAAAAAGGAACGUGCAAGGGAACGAAUUCAGAAUCGCCGUAUAGAGGCAGAGAAGAAAAAAUCUUUGGAUAAUUUGAGGGCCGCCGUUGUCUGUGUUUUGGGACACGUCGAUACUGGCAAAACGAAAAUCCUGGACAAAUUGAGAAGAACGAAUGUACAAGACGGAGAAGCUGGUGGUAUAACUCAACAAAUUGGUGCUACUAAUGUGCCGAUUGAAGCUAUCCAAGAAUCAACGAAGCAUGUAAAGGGCUUUGCCGACAAGAAAUUUAAAAUUCCUGGUCUCUUGAUCAUAGACACACCUGGUCACGAAUCGUUUAGUAAUCUCAGGAGCAGAGGGUCUUCUCUUUGUGAUAUAGCAAUUUUAGUUGUAGACAUUAUGCAUGGGUUGGAACCGCAAACUAUAGAGAGUAUCAAUUUAUUGAAAGCAAAAAAAUGUCCUUUUGUUGUCGCUCUCAAUAAAAUCGACAGAUUGUACGAUUGGCAGACCAUGAAUCGUAAGGAUGUUCAAGAUAUAGUGAAGAAUCAAGAAUCUAAUACUCAGCGAGAAUUUGAGAGGCGGUCGAAGGAUAUCAUUGUACAAUUUGCUGAGCAAGGUCUGAAUGCGGCAGUGUAUUACGAAAAUCCGGAUCCGAGAGAAUACGUGUCGUUAGUUCCUACCAGUGCUAUAACAGGCGAAGGUAUGGGCAAUCUGUUGGCAUUAAUAGUUGAUGCCUGUCAGGGUCCUCUGGCUAAAAGAUUGAUGUACAGCGAAGAGCUACAAGCUACCGUCUUAGAAGUCAAAGCAUUGCCUGGACUUGGUACUACGAUAGACUGUAUUCUAGUCAAUGGCAUGUUAAGAGAAGGUGAUACAGUCAUCAUCGCUGGUACGGACGGACCUAUUGUAACACAAAUUCGCUCGCUUCUUAUGCCGCAGCCGUUAAAGGAAUUGCGAGUUAAGAAUGCAUAUAUCGAAUAUCGUGAAGUUAAGGCAGCUCAAGGAGUGAAAGUUGCUGCUAAAGAUUUGGAAAAGGCCAUUGCUGGAUUAAAUCUGCAAGUUGCACAAAAACCAGAUGAAAUAGACGUUUUGAAAGAAGAAAUAGGAAAGGAAUUGUCGAGUGCUCUAGGAAACAUUCGACUAGCUGAACGAGGAGUUUACGUUCAGGCGUCAACCUUGGGAGCUCUUGAAGCGUUGUUGGACUUCCUGAAAAGCAGCAAAAUACCGUACUCCGGAAUUCGUAUCGGACCGGUCGUCAAGAAAGACGUCAUGAAAGCUUCUAUCAUGCUGGAGCACGACAGCCAAUACGCCACGAUUCUCGCAUUCGAUGUAAAAAUCGAGAGGGACGCGCAAGAGCUCGCGGACUCCCUGGGCGUUAAAAUCUUCCAGGCUGACAUUAUUUAUCACCUGUUCGACAAAUUCACCAAUUACAGGGAGGAACUGAAGCAGCGCAAGCGGGAUGAGAACAAGCACAUCGCCGUGUUUCCGUGCAAGCUCAAGAUUCUGCCGCAGUACGUAUUCAACUCGAGGGAUCCGAUCGUGAUCGGCGUAAUGGUCGAGGCUGGAAUCGUCAAGGAAGGAACGCCGCUCUGCGUCCCGAGCAAGGACUUUGUUGACUUGGGCAUGGUAACUAGUGUAGAGUACAAUCAUAAGCCCGUGGAAUCGGCUAGGAAAGGCCAAGAAGUCUGCAUCAAAAUCGAGCCCGUACCAGGAGAAGCACCCAAGAUGUUUGGUCGCCAUUUCGAGGCGAAAGAUUUCCUCGUCAGCAAGAUAAGCAGGCAGAGUAUAGACGCAUGCAAGGAUUACUUUAGAGAUGACCUGCUAAAGACUGAUUGGCAACUCAUGGUGGAAUUGAAGAAGCUCUUCCAGAUACUCUAGGAUACGAUGAGGAUAUCCACACCGGAUAUCCUCUCGAAGGAAGCGGUGCACGCGAUUCGCAUUGCUGCCACGCCCGUGUGGCGUGUAGAUAUAAACGUCGCCGCUCGUAUUACUAACAGUAUAAACGGCCGGGGCUGAGACGAUUGGAUUGAAAUCGUUCAGCCAACGCGAGAUACUUGUCUCGCUGUGAACGAAAGCAAUGCAGGACGACAACAGGUGCAUCCAGGAGAUUCCAGAUUCCAGGAGACUAUCAGGAGCACGACCGCUCACUAAGCGGCUAAGUAGUAAUUAAGUGUGAUUGGUUAAUGGUUAGAUCCAAAGGUAAGAACCAAUCACAUUCUAUCGUUACUUAUUGUUAGUGAUUCAGUGAGCGAUCGUACUCCUGGAUGCACUCAACGUAUCGCGCGUCGCCGACGUUGAGCGUUGCGUUAGGCGAAAUGUCUUUUUCUUUUUCUUCGCUGGCAUCUCGAUACUCAUACUCACAUCGCCAAUUCAAUGACUGUCGAAGAUAAUUUCAUAUAAUAAAUGUAUCGACGGGAUAUGUUAUUUUAUUAAAAGAGACGUAAUACGUAACCCCAAUUGUGUGUACAAUAUACAUAUAAUAUUAUCGAGUACGAUUAACGGAUGGAAAUAUUAUCAAAAGUUGACGAUUUAUUCAGCCCCCCGAAUCAGUUGCAGAUGUUCCUGGUUAUCGUCAUGUAAUUAUAAUCGAUAGAUCCGCUCCUUAUCGACACAAUAAUGUAAACCGGUCGAUCAUCGGUCGCCUUAUGUUUCUCUGCAUUUUUCAUAUUUGUCCGCGACGACUUUGUACAAAUUUCAAAGAAGAAUCGGGUGACGGACUCAAGUGAGUUACACGCUCGUGAUUAACACACUGUUGUUCCCCGUAACUGUUGCGUGAAACACGAAUCAACCGUCAGCCGUCAGCUGAUGAGCAUCGCGGCGACGCGGACGAGGAAGCCGCUUCUCAGAAUAAGGUAUGUCAUACAUAUUCCGCCUCCGGUUGCGUCCGGAACACGACCAAGUGCACCCGAAGCGUCCCGACCCGACGAUGACGAUGAAACGAAUCCCAAGAGCCGCUUUUUGCGAUAGACCAGAUUUCCAUGCGAUAAACAUCCAAGUCGCGCAUAGAAUUGAUAGAAUUAACUAUCCAUUAAUUACGUGUCCACCUGAGAGUAAUACGAUAUAAAACUAUAAAUGGAUAUAUUACUGAGAGGAUAUAUUACUUUCUAAAUAUAUGUAAAAAAAUAUAUUUAUAAAAAUAUAACGUGACGUGUUGUAUGUAGAUGAGUAUGUACUGACAAUGAGAGAUUAUUAACGGUUAUCGUAUCCGAAACAUAAUAUCGCAAAAGCUGCCUAAUAAUGAUCUCUGCACUCCUCGCGACCACUUUCAGACAGGUGCGCGCCUUGGUGUCACAUUCGCAAAGACCAUAGGGUAACGAAACACCCGUUGAGGACCUUGGGUACUUGCGUACACGUACAUAUAUGUAUUAUACAUAUAAUACGACCGCGACGGCGCGGCGCGGCGUUCUCGCGCGUCCUGCCUUAUUAGAUAACCCAAGGAGCUCAUCAAGCAAGCGUUUUAUUACUCUCCGCGAAGAAAAGUCGUUAAAUUUUCUUUCUUUCUUUCUUUCUUUUUUUCUCCCAAUAACAGAAGAACGCGCUGAACGCGCCUCGUUUUUGGUUGCGAAACUACGAUAUUCAAGUAUUCGACAUCAUCAACAAACUGACAUUAAUAUAUAAUUUUUUUAAAUGCUUUUGUGUUGUAUAUAAAUAUAAAAAGCUGAUUGGAAGUGGAGUCGAUCUGUGAAUUUCACGGAGCAUUUCACGUGUUUGCGGCAGUACUCGUGUCACGUAUGUAUUUUAUGUGAAAAUCCAAAUUCAAAUGUAUGCAUAAUGAUAAUGUCUAA